AUGAGUCACAGCGUCCUCUGCUGGGGAGGAGGCCACACAGACCUCCUCAUGAGCAGUGUGGACAGAAGGAAGCUCCACUUGGAGUUGCAGCCCCCCGCACCCAGGGACCUCAACAUCCGUGCUGCCGGGGACGGUUUCCUGCUGUCCUGGAGUGUGGCCCAUGGGAGUUCCCAGAGCCACUGGCUGUCCAGCCUGGAGUUUGAGGUGGUCUACAGGCGGCUUCAGGACUCCUGGGAGGACGCCCCCACCAUCUACUCCAGCACCUCCCGGGCCAUCCUGGGGCCAGAGCACCUCAUGCCCAGCAGCAGCUAUGUGGCCCGAGUGCGCACCAGGCUGGCCCCGGGCUCGGGGCUCUCAGGACGGCCCAGCCAAUGGAGCACAGAGGUUCGCUGGGCCUCCCCGCCAGGGAAUGAGUCGCAGCCCCAGAACCUCCAGUGCUUCUUCGACGGGGCUGCCCUGCUCCGCUGCUCCUGGGAAGUGAGGUCCGAGGUGACCCGCUCGGUCUCCUUCACCCUCUUCUACAAGUCCGGCCCCAGUGCAAGGGAGGAAGAAUGUUCCCCAGUGCAGACGGAGGAGACCAGCAGCCCUUACGUCCGGCACUGCUGCCAGAUUCCCGUGCCUGACCCCAGGAACCACAGCCAGUACAUCGUCUCUGUUCGACCAAAGGAGGAAGAGAAACUUAUAAAGAGCUCAGAUAACAUCCAGAUGGCUCGCCUGAUCCUCAGUGUAACCAAGGGCAGAGGUGGCUACACCCUGCACUGGAAAGAAAGAAAAAUGCAGGACAAACGUAUAAAUCUCAUCCUCCAGGUCCAGUACAAGAAAGAAGCAGCCUCAUGGGAGGAGACCAAGACAGAGGACUUCCAGAAUGCCCACAGCAUGUGCCUGCCACCUCUGGAGCCUGCCACCAGGUACCAGGCCAGAGUGAGAGUCAAACCUGACCCCCAAGGCUACAACGGGAUCUGGAGCGAGUGGAGUGAUGGGAGCUCCUGGGACACCGAGUGGGUGCCGCCCAUGUGGGUCCUGGCGCUCACCCUAGUCAUCAGCACCUUGAUCCUGCUCGUGUCCCUGUGCUUCUGUGGUGUCUACGUGUACAGGCUGAAUCAGAGGUGGGAGGAGAAAAUCCCCAACCCCAGCAAGAGCCACCUGUUCCAGAACGGGCGCGCCGGGCUCCGGCUCCCACACAGCCUGCGCGGGGUCGGCAGCGGGAGCCCCGCACACAGGGGGCUCUGGGGCGGCAGCUCCGCUCAGCUGGAGGGGGUGUCCCCUGUAGACUUCGGGCACAGCGAGGUGUCACCUCUCACCACAGAGGACCCGAAAGAUGCCUGUGACUCAUCAUCUGAGCCUGACAUGACUCUGGUCACCUCGGACCUCCUCACGGAGCAGCCGCCCAAGCCCCCGCCAGAGCUGGCCACCCCCGCAGGCAGGCCUGAGAGCCAGGAUUCUGGCUUUGAUUUCAAUGGCCCCUACCUGGGGCCACCCGACAGCCGCUCCCUGCCGGACAUCGUGGGCCAGCAGGGGCCCCUACAGACAGGCAUGAGCAGGAAGCCGCAGCCCCCAGGGUCCCUGGAGUACCUGUGUCUGCCCACAGGGGGGCAGGUGCAGCUGGUCCCACUGGCCCAGGUGAUGGGGCUGGGCAAAGCCAGGGAUGCGGACCUGAGGUCCAGCCCAGGCACCGAGGGGAGCCCUUCCCUGGAGCCAGGGGCAGGCCCUGCCCCUCCUGAGCCUGGGGUGAUGGUGGGUGGUCAAGGCCCGAAGGACAGGCCCCCCCCAGGUCUGCCCACUGGCUCUCGGGGUCCUGAGGAAGGCACUGUGGCCACUGGUUACGUCACCACCGCAGAACUGACAUUCACCCCACCCACAGGGGCCCCAUCUCCUUCACAGGCUCCCCCUCUGAACCUCCCCUCAGACCAGAACCCCUACUUCCGUCCUGGACUGGGUGAUGGGCUCCCUGCAUCCUGCCCUCUAAAGCCAGAGUUUGAGGGCUAUGUGGAUCUCCCUCCAAGUAUGGACCAGUUUCCCUAGUCUCCUCUGGCCAGUCUGCCUCCUGCAGUCAACAGCCCUAUCCUGAUCCCUGGGGACCCCAGAGAGAUGAGUGCCCAGCCUUCCCACCCGCCCAAGGCGCUCCUCAUCCUGAAGCGUGUAGGUGACUCUUCUCUCCCCUCCAGCUUUGGAGUAUGCCAGGUAACUCUCCAGGGCAAACUCCUGGAACUAAGUUACCAUGGUCAAGAUGCCCAUGGCAGGCUGAGUGUGAGGGACAAAGUAUAA